AUGGACUUCACAUUCCACGAAGGCGUAAACGGCUCCUCACCCUGGGUUGAGUUUUAUCCCUACAACCCAUCCCAAACAGCCGGCUACGCUUUCAUGGCCAUAUUUGGCAUAACGACGGUCGUCCACAUCAUCCUGAUGUUCCCCUACAAAGCAGCCUACUUCAUCCCUCUAAUCCUAGGCGGAAUAUGUACGUACAUCACCUACCACCCUACCCCAACCUUAAAAUUAUACACGAUGAAUCCAACUAACAGAUAUACAGGCGAAACAUUCGGCUACUACGGCCGCGCCUGGUCCCACAACAACAGAACACUGAUAAGCUCCUGGGCCCUCCAACAAAUGCUUAUCCUAUGCGCGCCGCCCUUCGUCGCCGCAACAAUCUACAUGGUACUCGGUCGCAUCAUCCGCGCCUUCGACGCAGAGCAUCUCUCCCCGAUGCGAUCUAAGCGAAUAACAGUCCUCUUCGUGUUAAACGAUGUGUUCUGCUUCUUCACCCAGCUCGGUGGCGCAGGAGUCCAGAUCACAGGUGAUGCCAAGGUCAUGGAUAUCGGACGCAAGGUCGUCAUCGUCGGACUUGUGUUUGCGCUUGUGGUAUUCCUAUUGUUUGUUUGGAUUGCAUGGGUGUUUCAUCGGAGACUAGCCGCUGAGCCGACGGGGGUGGCAGCUGCGAAUCCGGGUUUGAAUUGGAGGAGGUACAUGUGGGCCAUUUAUGGGAGCUGCUUGGUUUUGAUGGUGAGGAAUUUGGUUAGGUUGGUGGAGUUUGGGGCGGUUAAGUCCGCUUUGAAUCAGCAGGAGGCGUAUAUUUAUGUUUUUGAUGCGGCGAUGAUGUUUCUUUCUAUGGGUGUUUUGGUGUUUUGGCAUCCUGGUGUGUUGAUUAAGAAGGCGAGACGCGCUGGGGAGGCGGGCAGAUUGUGUGCUGGUAUGGAGGACGGGGUUGAUGGGGAUGGGGUGCCUUUGGCUGGGUAUAAGGGGUAUCAGAGAUGUUGA